GAUGAUAUGGUUCUCAAUCUCAUCUUUGUCAGUCUCUAAUGGAAUCCACCACGAACCCGACUCCCACUCCAAGCUCCGCCGGUGACGGUGGCAAUGGCGAUAGUGUCUCUACCGAUGAAUUUACUAAACUACCCCUGGACUCCCCACACGGCGCCAGCGACAAGGAAGAUGGCGUUGACUUCGGCCAAGAACAAGGAUCAGAGUCAAAUGAAGCUAUUGACACUGGGACUGGUUCAAGAUCCGUAGACAAGAACCAGUACUCUGAAACUGAAGUAGUUAGAGCAAAAGAUCCACAGACAGAAUCUGAUUCGUUGGACGAUGAUGUGGAGAUUGUUUUCAAGAACCAGCAUAAGUAUUACAUUUACUGCCCCUGCUGUGGUGAAGAUAUCACCAAAACAGUCAAGCUCGUGAAGAAAUCAGAUCUCCAACCCACAAAGAACCACGACACUGAGAAUGAAGCUCUUGACACUGAGAAUGGUUCAAGAUCCAAAGACAAGAAGACAAAGGUUCCAUCAUGGUUCCCUGACUAUCUUCAGCAGUUGUUUCUUUCUGUUUAUGGCCACAACAAAGACAAAGGCAAGAAAGGGGUUGAUACAAAGCCACCAGGAUCGUCCAUCGAUCUGGUUACCGAUGGUGAAGAACCGAGCAUCGAUGUCAUGAUUGAGAAAGACAGACCGAGUUUUCCGAAGUGGUACCUCGAUGUUUUUGCUUGGUUUUUCCUCCUCUGUAUUAUUAUUGCUCUUUCUGUCCUUUCCAAUUCUCCACAGCAGUCACCGCUUUUCAAUCCACCGCAUGUGGAGUUGCCUUCUAUCUCUUCAUUGUGGCUGCCUUCCGCUUCUGUACUUUUGAUACUUCCCACGUCUAUGGUGUUGCUUCUCGUCAUUACGGCAAUGAGGUCCCGAUACAGUCCCAUAUAUAACAAGGAGAAAGGCGACAAAGGGGUUGAUUCCAAGUCUACUGAUACCAAUAGUGAAAAACAAAGUCAAGAAACUCAAUAUGACGAUGACCAAGCUGCAGCUCCUGAUCAAGAUUCUGACAAGAAAACAGACAAGCAAAAGAUUCACCCAAUUCCACUAGAUCCUUCACCGCAGGAGCAACCAUCUAUGCAAGUUGGCAAGAAGGAAACUCAUGAAAAUGCAGAGAGUGUAACACCAGCAGAAACUCAAGAAGAACCUGGGUUGCUACCUAAAACUCAAGAAGAGAUCCCAAAUAGUGUUGAACCUCGCAAAGGCAGUAGUAGUAAAGUCGAAAUCCUGAAAAGUAUUGUGUAUGGAGGUUUGACGGAAUCAAUCACAAGCCUUUGCACCGUAACAUCUGCGGCUGCGUCUGGUGCUUCGACUCUGAACGUUUUGGCCUUGGGAGUUGCCAAUUUGUCAAGCGGUGUUCUUCUGAUUGUUCACAGCCUCCAAGAACUCGUAAACGAGAAACCCAGAAUACGAACCAACAACACAGAUGAUCAGAAAAAAUCUGAAGCAGAGGAAGAAGAAGAAGAAGAUCGGUACGAGGAAAUUCUCGGAAGAAGAGAGAAUUCGAGGCUUCACAGGUUGAUCGCAAUCUCGUCUUUCGUCGUCUUCGGGCUGAUCCCACCUCUGGUAUACGGCUUCUCGUUCCGAGAAAGAGUCGAGAAGAGGCAAGAGUACAAGACUUUAGCUGUUUACGCAGCGUCUAUACUCUGCGUCGUCUUGCUCUCGAUUGCGAAAGCUUACGCCUCGAAGAGACGCGAGUAUCUCAAGACCCUGUUUCGGUACACGGGAAUGGCGACGACGGGGUCGGGAUUGUCUCAACUCGUGGGAUACUUGGUCAAUCAAUGGCUUGAGAAAAACGGGUUUUAUGAUGAUUCUCCACAAACUCUUGGAGUUUGAUACUUGUUCAUCUUGCACUUCCUUUUAUAACCCUUUUUUUGUUUUCUUUAAAAGUGAAAGAAUUUAUUAUCUUUAUGGGGAAAUAAAGUGGAGACAUAGAGGAGACAAAAAUAACCUUUUUGGGGGUAAACAGUUUUAUUACAAGAUACUUUAACUUGUAAUGAAAAAGAAAAAGGCCACUAAUUACAAAAUAUAUACCUUAAACAAAC